ACUGUCUAGAAUAACCCCCAAGGGAGAAGCAGCAACCAUGAACACUCAACAGAUGGAGCAGAUGGGCCAGUUCAAGAUCACAGUCUGGGAGGAGGAGAACUUCCAGGGAAAGCGCUGUGAGUUCAUGCUGGAGUGCCAGAACAUCAUGGAGAGGGGCUUCAACAAGAUCCGCUCUAUCAAGGUUGAGAACGGACCUUGGGUGGGUUAUGAGUACCCAGAGUUCCAGGGACAGCAGUUUAUCCUGGAGAAGGGAGACUACCCUCGCUACGAGGCCUGGAGUGGAAACAGCAGCUACAGAACCGAGCACAUGCUGUCCUUCAGACCCAUCAAGUGCGCUAACCACAGUGACAGCAAGGUGACCCUGUACGAGUGUGAGGACUUCCAGGGCCGUAAGUUUGAGAUGUGCGAUGACUACCCCUCCCUACAGGCCAUGGGCUGGUGCAGCAAGGAGGUGCCUUCUAUCAAAGUCAACUCAGGAGCCUGGGUGGCCUACCAGUUCCCUGGUUACCGUGGCUACCAGUACAUCCUGGAGAGAGACAGACACCAAGGCGAGUACAGAAACUACAAUGAGUACAGCACCCAGGCUCACACCAACCAGGUGCAGUCCAUCCGUAGGAUCCAGCACUAAGCCUUCACUCUGCCUGACCCAACCCUGAAAAAAAAAACUCUCCCCGAACCCCUUCCUCAUCUUGAACCCCGGACAGACCGCUGUCACAGAACACUAGAUGGACAAACCCUUUCUAUCACUCUGUGGCUCUGCAUGUAUGGAUAUCUAAC